CUCACAAACCAAAUGGUCCGAGUCUCACCCCAGUCCCUUGGGGUCUCCCUCUGAUUUCCCCUUUCCUUCCCAUUUGCUGGGGGACUAAAGCAGCGACUCUGGAGGAUGCAGGAUGAAGAGGGUUACACGGUAUUGAAUCUCUGGCCCAAGAUGGGAACUGCCAGCCACCCGUCGGCGGAUGGGAUCCAAGAUUCUCCUGCGAACCUGCAUGGGUAUAAAAUCACCAUCGGCAUUUUGGGGGUCUGGAGCAUUGUGGUGACGCUGGCUGUGAUUGCGCUGAGCAUUCUGGGGUCAUCUCACGAAGGACUGACAGGAACAGCGCCGAAUGCCACCAUGAGCCGUAGUGCCCAGCGGAGAGAGAGAAACGGGUCAGAAUGCAGUGCCCGUCUGAACCACCUCGUGUCACGCCUGAGCCAGGCUCUGUGUGCUCCCAUCAACAGCCGCUCCUGGGAGGGCACUGGCUGCAAAAUCUGUCCCCAGGACUGGCUGCCACAUGGUGCCAAAUGCUACUGGUUUUCUACGGAGAGUAAAAUCUGGGCCAGGAGCCUUGAGGACUGCUCAGCGAGGAGCGCUCGCAUGGUGGUGAUCCAGGAGCAGGAUGAGAUGAAGUUCCUAGAGAACAGCAUUCAAGAGAAGUACCUCGUCUGGACUGGCCUCAGUGCAAACGCGCCCGAGAGGAAUUGGACCUGGGUGGAUGGAUCCUUGUUAAAUCAGACGCUGUUCCCUGUGAAAGGAUCUGCUGAAGAGAACAGCUGUGGGGUCAUCAAAGGGAGUCAGAUCCAGUCGGAAACCUGCAGCGGGGAAUACAGAUGGAUUUGCCAGAAGGACGCCAUCCCGAUAGACAGCGAACCAAGCGAUCUGUAGCGCCCUGCCAAUUUGCAGAGAUCCAUCCGCUUUAUAUCUAUGGACCAUUUUUGCAGCUCAGAUGUGGAUACAAAUUUGUAUCUGCGCAGGGCUGUGGUGGAGCCAGGAAGCAACCACCCCUAAUUCUAAUGCUCAGCACUGAGGUUUUUAAAGGAGCCUUUGUUUUAUUUUCUAUGAAGUGCUCGGCUGGAACGUAGGAUCCCAAACCUGCAAAGACUGACACGUGUGUUCACUUUAAUCACCUACGUAGCCCUCUUUGCAGGAUCCAGCAAUGACUCGGGCCCAGACCCUCAAAGCUAGUUACGUGCCUAGCUCCCAGUAGGAGGUAAGCACUUAAAUACCUCUUGAAGAUCUUUUUUUUUGCCCCUGCUUCCAGAGUUUACAGAGUGUUUCAAGAGCAUCACACCUAUUGCAAAGAGGCAGUGUGGCCUA